CCGACGUUCAGACCGCGGGAGACAUUUCUGAUAUGGAGAAAGAGGGAGAAAGAGACUCCUGCAGCAUUACUCCAUUGCUUGUGAAGCUUCCCCUUCCUCCCAAAGCCCUGGCACACGGUAAAGUGUACAAUCUACCAACUUGGGAGAGUGGUGGCGACUGCACAAAUGGAAUCAGGCUGUGCAUCUGCCCCCAGCAUGAAAGACUACACAGUCCUGAGUGUGAUCGGGGAAGGCUCCUUCGGCCGGGCCCUCUUGGUGCAGCAGGAGAGCAGUAAUCAGAUGUUUGCCAUGAAAGAAAUAAGGCUCCCCAAGUCUUCCUCAGAUACCCAGAAGUCUAGGAAGGAGGCUGUUCUAUUAGCCAAAAUGAAACAUCCCAAUGUUGUCACCUUUAAAGAAUCAUUUGAAGCUGAUGGACAUCUGUACAUUGUGAUGGAAUAUUGUGACGGAGGAGACCUAAUGCAAAAGAUUAAGCAUCAGAAAGGAAAGUUGUUUCCUGAAGAUAUGAUACUUGAUUGGUUUACACAAAUGUGCCUUGGAGUAAAUCACAUUCACAAGAAACGUGUGUUACACAGAGAUAUCAAGUCCAAGAAUAUCUUCCUCACUCAAAACGGGAAAAUAAAACUGGGAGAUUUUGGAUCUGCUCGUCUUUUCUCCAGCCCCAUGGCAUUUGCUUGUACGUAUGUGGGAACACCUUAUUAUGUGCCCCCAGAAAUUUGGGAGAAUAUGCCUUAUAACAAUAAGAGUGACAUCUGGUCCUUGGGAUGCAUUCUGUAUGAACUCUGUACUCUUAAGCAUCCAUUUCAGGCAAAUAGUUGGAAAAGUCUCAUCCUCAAGAUAUGCCAGGGAUCCAUGAACCCAUUGCCAUCUCACUAUUCCUAUGAGAUUCAGCAGUUAGUCAAGCAGAUGUUUAAAAAGAAUCCCUCCCAUCGCCCUUCAGCCACUACACUUCUCUCCCGAGGUGUACUGGCCCGACUCAUCGAGAAGUGCCUUCCCCCAGAGAUCAUCACAGAGUAUGGCAAACAGAUAUUAGAAGAGACCAAAAAAUGUAAACAUAGUACACCAAAUAAAAAGGAGCUUGGUAGAAUCAGGACAGCUUUGGAAAAUGAAACAAGCACAGUGCAAGGGGAAGAACAAGGUAAAAAGUGUAGCCGUACUGAUUUGGAAAACAUUAAUAAAAAUUUGGUUGAAAGUGCAUUAAGGAGAGCAGACAAAGAAGAGAAAGAUAACACAUCAGCCCAUCAUAGGAAGGCCACUUCACCAAGUCCUCUGAGGAAACAGUGGGAGAAAAAUAUAUCUAACACAACCCUGAUAGCUUUGGAAAAUGCAUCCAUACUCUCCUCCAGUUUAGCAGCAGGCGAUGACAGAGGUGGGUCUGUGAUAAAGUACAGUGAAAAUAAUACCCGCAAGCAGUGGCUCAGAGAAACUCCUGAAACCUUGUUGAACAUCCUGAAGAGUGCUAACCUCAGCUUGGCAUUUCAGACGUAUACAAUAUAUAGGCCAGAUCCAGAGGGGUUCUUGAAAGGUCCCCUGUCUGAAGAAACACAAACAUCAGACAAUGUUGAUGGAGGUCAUGAUUCUGUCACUGUGGAUCCAGAGAGACUUGAACCCAGACUGGAUGAGGAGGACACAGACUUUGAGGAAGAAGAUGACAACUCUGAUUGGGUGUCAGAACUAAAGCAACGAGCCGUCUGGCAAGGAGUAUCUGACAAAUAACACCAAGGAAAUGUCACUUAGUUGUUGAGUAGAUAUUUAAAAUGAGGAGUUGAUAUCUGGAUAAUAAUUAGCACAUGGGAUAUAUGUUUUACUUUGGAAACAAUGAAGGGGAAAACUAUGAAUAUUUAAAAUUGUUCAUGAGUGGGGUUUUAAAAAUAUAGAGUUCCUACUGAGUUUUUGAACUCAAAAGGAGAAGAUAUAAUAUAAUGGGUAUGAGCUCUAGACUUUCAGUCAGACAGGACAGAAAUUGCAUGUUACUACUUACUGUGAGUGUGAUUGUGGGAAAUUACCUAACCUCUUUGAACCCAAGUUUCCUCAGCUAUAGAACAAGGAUAGUAAUGCCUACCUACCUCAUAUAGCUGCUGACCAUAGACCAUUACAACCACUUCUAAUUAUGUCAUUUGCAUCGUGAUGUGUUUUUAUCUUUACAUUUCCUGACGGUGUAGGGAUCCAAAUAAACUUAAUUAUAACAUAA